AAUUUUGUAAGCUCUGCAUUAUUAAUCGCGUCACUCGAGAAGUUUAAUCGAUCAGUGAUUCAUUUUAUCGCGGUGAUGUUGAUUACAAUAAUUUAAAAAUAAUGAAAAGUGUUGCAAAUAUUUCUUAUUGCGUUUAAAAAAAUAUUUUAAUAAAUGAGAGAUAUAAAUAAGAUAAUUAGGAAACAAUGCAAUUUAUGGUAGAAAAUCCUCAGAGAGAAAUUGCGAGUUAAUUUAUUUGCUCAAACGGAAGUUGUUCGCGCGUUUUUUUGCGCGGGGAUUCACUUUUUGCUGGCCUUGGAUCGCAUUUUGUCUCGGCUGUGUAGAUUUUAUUAUCUAUGUAUUUUUCCUUUAGUGAUUCCUUUGUCUAUAAAUUGUUCGCGCGAGGAAGUUUUUGCAUGACUUCACUUUCACUGCGUUCUGCCGGUCAUUUUGACUCACGCGCGCUAACGGUUCGCCACUCGCAAAACCAGCUUAUAUUUAACGGGAAAUAUAAGAUACAUUAGAUUUUAAUAAAAAUAUACGUUGGAAAAAAAUACCUCUUAUUCUAAUGACAAAAAUAAUAAUUUUCUGUUUCCGAUUGUACGAGAGAAUGGAAGGCCUGUCCUCGCGACAGAUGGAUGUCCGUUCAGUCUUGCGCAGCAGCUUCCUUCCCCGUCUUGGUGAAUGAACCUUCGGCCGCACGUUUUCUAUUCCGCGGCUGUUCGCACUGCGAUCACGUACGCGCGUACGUACGUGCCCUGACAUAUAUAUUUCGCUGGAAAAUGUCCCGUAUUCCUGAUGAGAGAGAAUGUACCUGUACGAUUCGAUCGCGCGGGAGAAAGAAGAGCGAUCGCGUUCGGCCACACAUUUGGACGACAUUUGGCCUUCUGUUUCUUCGAGGAAUUCACGUUCAGGGUUGCAGGUGGCCUCCCCUGCCAGCUACGACAAGACGGAUGUCUUCACCUGGCCUUUACCUACAUAGCGACGACAACUCGACAUCACCCAGUUAGCAAUCCCAUCGUUUUAUGACCGAUAACAGAUCGAUUGCGCGGUCCUCAUAAGAAGGAAAAAAUACAAAAAUUGUGAGCGAUAAAUCGAUGACAGCGACAAUCGGAUUCCAACACAAUCUGCUACAGUAUGCUGAAGUAAUUGUGAUGACAACAAAGUUCGUUGAGUGCAGCAGAUAAGCGAUACUUUUUCGUUGAACAUCAAUCGAUUUCCGGGAAUUAGCGCGAAUUCUCGUCGUAUUUCAAGCGAACGCCAUCGGAAUGAAGAGGCGGCUAGAAUUAAUUGUUAUCGUCGAAUCUGAUUUAUCUGCGCGAUAUCAAUUACUGGUGCUCUCUCUCUCUCUUGCUCAAAUUAAUAAAAAAUUAUUCGCAACAACAAUAUGAUUUACAACAGUAUAAUCGCAAGGGCUCUAGACAAUCUGUGGUGCAACAUCAUGAUUUGCGAAAACGCGCAAAUCCGCGGGAUUGUCGCAUUUAUAGAAGUCGCAAAAUAGAGUUGUCAGACGCGCGAAAUUGUAUUUGACGAAAGCUUCAAUGGCACGCGAUUGUAUAAAUCAGUCGGAAUCACUUUAGUUUCUGCGCUGCAAUUUGUACGAAUUUCGAAAAGCGAUUAGUUUUUAUCUCGGCGUCUUCCCCGUCGUAAUAAUAUGACAUUAUUAAUUUAUUAUUAUAGAUUAGCUUCGUCGGAAGCGCGUGUGAGAUGAUAACGCGUCGGCGUUACAUAGUCGCGAGAACAUUUCAUCGACAGGCUAUCGAAAACGCGCCGUCAGUUUUCCAGAUGCGAAUCCAUUUCGCACGCCGAAUAUUUCUAAUUGGUACGCGCGCUUAUCUUCUGUUUACCUAUUAAUGAAGCGUCGAUAUAAAAUUUCACGAUAAAACGCGCCCCACAAAGAUAUAACGAACGCGUCGCAACUUAAUUGGUCCGAUUAUUUAAUUCACACAUGACGUAAAACAUCGACAACUGGGUACGAAAAAAAAAUAAACGCGUGUCCGGCGUGCGAAUUUGAUUUACAUUCGUGUUGAGUUCGCGAUCCAAGUCGAAAAUCCAGGCCGAUAACUUCUGCGCGUCAGGAUCGCAAUUAGGAAUAAUUGCUGCGUAACCAUCUUAAAAGUCGGGCAGAUAAGUCGAGCAAAUAAAAAACACUGUCGAAUGUAAAAAUAAAUGUCGCUGCUCGAUUUUGUACGUCGUUAUUCUCUAAUCUUUUUUUCUUUACACGUAGCGCUUGGACUUUAUACGGCGUGCUUCUACGAAAGUAAUCGAUGAUCAGGUUUGGCGGAAAAAAAAAAAAAAACAAAGCCGAAUGCUUUUAAGAACAAUAUCUUUAAGAAUAAUUGUCUCUUCCAUAAAUUUGCAAAAAUCCCGGAACGCGUUCGAACUUUGCGACGCAGCUCGCGCCGUGUAAUUCGCGUGCAUGCAUUGACGUAUGAAGUUUGAGCAAACAUAUAAGCAUAGCAAAAAAGAGUGUGCCUAAAUAAAAGGGGAGACUUGCAUCAAUCGAUUGACUGACACCGAGAUAAACGUAUUCAACAUAAAAAAUGGGUCUCGCGUUUCCAUUUACUUGUCUUCCGAGAAAAAAAAAAAAACUGCGCCUGAUCUUAUUUAGAGCCUGGAGAACACUUAGAGCCUCAGUAAACAUAGAAGCGCGCGAUAAAUGCACGAGCUAUGCAGAGAAAUGCGACUUCACGAUUGCUUAAGCAGCGGCAGCGUUAAAUUUAUCGAUCAGAUCAUUUUUGCUGUCACUAUUAAUUUACAAUCUUGUUGAUCUUUCGCAUUUUAUCGCGCCCUGUGAAGUGGGUAUUUAUUGUAAUCUAAUGUGACUAAUCGAUACGGGAGUCAUGCACCCGCGAUAGAACGCAAGUAAAACGCAGUAUGCGCUCGGAAAUUUUGGUCGAGCGGUUCAGAUCUCGAGACGAAACGUCGAAUAGUUCGGAAUUGGCAGCAAAUUUGAAUGAUCACAACAGUGCAUAACACGAAUUCGCAAUUGGCACGAAUGAGAUAAGUCUGCGUUAGACAUUCAGUAUGCAAAGUGUUAACAAUGUUGGCAGAUUGGCUGCAAAUUUGAUGAGAAGUCGCUACCUUUGGACGACUGCGUUUCGCUGCAUUACUAAAUAUCUAAUGUUCACUUAUCUUAUUUGUACUCGUUGCGAAUUCAUAUUAUGCCGUUUGUAGAUAUCUAUUCAAUGCCAUGCAUUUUAAAUGCUUUCCUGCGCACAUUAUAUUCCACUUUGUUCAGGAAACACACGUUAAAAUAAUUCAAUUUUUCUAUUAAACAUUUUAGAAAUGCGUCGCGCGAAAAUGUCAACGUGAAAGACUAUUUUCUGUCUGCGGCGCGUAUUAUUUUUGCUCAAUAUUGAAGUUCGAAUAAUGUUCGAACUUUUAGGACUUAGAAAUUAACAUUACAGAUCGAUCAUUGCUCGUAUUCAAACUCGAAACACAAAUGUUUUUGCUUACAUAUAAUGUGUUCGAAUUCUUUGUCUGAUUUUUGCUCUUUUUUUUCAGGCGAUUGACUGUUUUUCCGACUGGAACCUUCGAUUCGAAGCGUGAAGGCGGCUUAACGAAGAUUGCAAGAUAAAUCAUGGAAUGAUAUCGGCCUUGUUACGAUCGGAUCACCGGCAUUAUUAACUAAUAAGCUGAAGUUUCACGGUGUGCAAUGUAGCGUGAUAAGCGCUAAAUAACUCGCCAUAUCACCGCGAUUAACACGCUGGUAAUCAUAUAUAGACAAUAGAAUUCUGGUCUUGUUAGGAAUACUGAUCGUCUACUGUCAGGCGAUAUCUUAUCUCUCAAGAGAGAGAGAUACGCGGGAUGUUCAGGCUCGAAAAUUCGCCCACUCACUGAUAUAACGCUCCCUAGUUCUUCUGUAAUUUCCCAACCGCUUCGAUAUUGAAUUGAUGAAGAAAAUGAUAACAAGUAUGUCGCGUUUCGAGUGCGGUGCAGCGAAUCGACAUGCGCUCGUAACUUAAUUUCUGUAAUUAAUUCCGUGAUUCACGACUAUUUUCGACGAAUGACGGUGAUUGUGUCCGCAGAUAAAUGCAGGCUAGCAAGCGAUCGAGCAAACACAACAAGACAGCAUAGCUUGCAAUGAAAUUUACGUGAUUAAGAGAGUGCACUCGCGAUGUACCGCGGCAGUGAGAUCAUCGGCAUUUACAUAGGUGAUCGAUCGCACAAUGUUUCCUUGAAAGAGAAGGAAAACCGAAGAGAUUAAUUUAUCAAAGUUAUGAUAAUUUGUAACGACUUUUUCUCAGAUAAAAUGAGAAAUUUUUGGAAAUUGAAAUAAAAAAAAUUUACAGCCGUUCUCGCGAGAGAUGCAAAGAAGUGUAUGAUUCAAAAAUUAAUUGCACACUUUUUGAAAUUAAUCAUGCGAUUAAUUACGCGAUGCAGAUGUCAAGUUACGUUGAAGUAUCCGGCAAACGUCGGGCAUCGAUAAGAGAGUAUAUGUUCCGAAUUAAGAUAUAAUUAAGAUAGAUGUAAUAAUCUUUAAUUCUUGAUUAAUCCUCUGCAAAGUAUAUCUUAUUGAAAAUGUAAACCGUGUUCAAUUCAGCGCACGUGCAAAAUUUCUCAACAGCCACAGUUGUCAAUAGCUUGGAUUUUAGGACACAGCGGCCUUCUUAAGCGAACGCUUCAUGCGUGAAAUCUAUUUUCCGCACAAAUGUGUAACUACUUAUGACUAUUCUUCUUUAAUAUAUGCGAGAGAUGUGGAUAUUUCGCGAUCGUGCUUCGGUUACGGAAAGAUUCGCGACGGACGCGCGGCGAGGACGAAUCGCGAAUGUGCGAUAAAAUGAACGUUUGCCUAUCGGGCUUUAUCGAGCUCACUAUGCAGAAAUGUGAAAGAAAAAGUGACCUUAACCGAGAGAGACAUGACACAAGCUCGAAUUGCCGGAAGCCGAGGGUCACGCGAGCAUCCAAGGUUCGCGAGAGAGAGAGAGAGAAAGAGAGCGGAAGAGAUAAUAAUUUAGAUUCGAUCUGCAGAUUUUCUAAUUCAGCGAAUUUGCGCGUCCGAGCGAAAGGCGGACCGAUCGAUUCCGUCACGGUCUCGUUUCAGUUUAAAGAAAGAGAUGAGCUAUUGACGAUCUACGCACGACUAUUGCGUGAAUGUCAGGAAGUGUCAUGCAAAUGAACGAGUUGCAAUUAAUGUCAAGGCAUCCUGCCGCCGUCGCGGUCAGGCGAAAGUUAAUCGCUUCAUGACGGCUACUUUAACAAAUUAAGAUUUCUAAUAAUUGAAUGAUUCUCACGAUGGGAUAGAGAUUUUGCUAUCUAAGCGGCGGCGGCUGCAUCUUUGACAAGUAAAAGCGUUCGAUGGGGUUUGAAACGAGCUGAUUAAAAUUAUUGCACUUUCCAUUCACAAAGCAUGAACUUUUUAAGAAAGUGUUAAGAUAUUGGAGAUCACAAAAGUAUAUCAAUUUCGUCUACAUUUGCAUCAAUGAUAUAAUUUCGUACAAAUCACAGAGCACAAAAACUGUAAGAACACUUUUCCUCAGUAAAACAUUGUGAAGAUCGCAGAGAACGCUCGCUAUCGUAAUGCUCGCAUUUUUUGAGACUAUAAAUAAUAUAUUUCUAUUAAAAAGCGAUUGACACUUGUUGGAUAUACGAUAAGAAGUUUAUUGCUUAUCUAUGCGAAAUGAUUUUCUUUUAUCAUGUUACACUUCGUCUUUUUGCCGUGUUAUACUUGUCUUCUGUGACUCUGUUGUACUUGAGUCACUUAUAAGAAUUAUAUUAAGUAUGUUUUUCUGUUUUUUUUUUUUUUUAGUCUGCGAGGGAAAUACCUUUUCUGUGAUGAUAAUGAUCUUCCCGAUAAAGCGUGUAUUUUCCAUACAAAUGCGCGCUGCAUAAUAAUGCGAAAUCUAAUCGAUUGUAAUCGUAUUACAGCCGUGUCACCCACUUGAGAGAUUACAGAACGAUCGGCGAUGUCCAGUCGAUUUUUUUGCGUUCUAGAUAUCGGCAUUGUGCGAUUUUAUGCCGCGGAAACGCAUAAAUUUAUGCACGGCUGAUCUCAAAGCUGAAGAAAUUUCUCGGAAGAACUCAUCCUUUUCCUUGAACGCGAGGAAAGUUCCGCGAGGAAAUUAUCAAAAGUGGAUGACGAAGUGUUUUGAGAUACAACACGUAUUUUGUGGCCGGUGAAGUUAGAGCUGAGAAAACCGAUCGAAGGAAACUAAAAGAUUCGUCUCGUUUCUAGGGGAAUGCAAAAGUCUCGAAGAGUGCAAAAUGGCAAUCAGAAGCAGAAACAAUCAAGUGUUUGAAGAUACAACACGUGUCGGUUAAUGCGGCGGUUAUUAAAAUUUAAGAAAUUGCUCGAAGGGUAUUGAAAAAUCCAUCCAUAUUUCUCAAAGAAGCUUUCUGGUCGAUUUUUCGAUCGAUUUUGCAGAGCAUUUGCGAGUAGGGUUGACGAGGAUGCACAGGAUGCGUGAAUGCAAUCAAUUCAUCGCCACGGUAACGCCGUUUACGCUGUUUCCAUAACUACAACUUACGUCGCGUCGUAAUAUACACUUUACCUCGCCGUCAAGUUGCUGAACAGAAUCUGUCAACAAUGGAGCCCCGGGAUCUCGAUGCGAUUGGAAUAAUUGCGUUCAAUGGUAUAAUAAAGAACGCUCUGCGAUUGCAUCCGGAUGGAAAGCAUCUGCUGUAUCCGAUGGGCCGUAAGGUGGUCAUAAGAAACAUCGAAACCAGCGAGCAACGAUUCCUCAAUGGCCACACGAACAACGUCUCGGCAUUGUGCGUCUCUCCGUGCGGCGAAUACGUCGCUUCUGGUCAAAAUAAUCAUCUGGGUUUCAAGGCGAUGGUGAUUGUGUGGGAUUACAAGGAGAGCGCGAUGAGAGGCAGCUACGAGACGCACAAAGUCAGCGUCGCGGAUCUCUGCUUCACAUGCAACAGCGACUUCCUCGUCAGCCUCGGCGGCAGGGACGACGGUAACGUGAUCGUCUGGGAUGUGCGGAACAAUUCUCCGAUUUGCGGAUCGUACGCCAGCAACGAUACGAGCGGCAACGCGUACGAGAUCGCGAGGAUGCACGUUCACGGCGAGCGUUUCAUCACCGCGGGCGACCGAACGCUGAAGAUCUGGCGCGUCGACGCGAGCAAGCGGAAGGUGCACGGUGUCGACGUGGAAGUCGGCAAACUGAAGCGUUUCAUCAACUGCAUCGUCGUGGACGAAAGGGACGAGAUCGUCUACUGCGGCACUUCUUCCGGCGAUGUCAUUAAAGCAAGAUUGAAUCUGCCGGAUGAAUUACAACGCGGCGAAUCGACACGUCCGCCGGUGAUGAUCGGCUGCUACUCGAAAAUGACGCGCGAUCUGAGAAAAAUGAAGGCGGGCGAAGGCGAUCUGUAUGCAGGCGGGGUGAAGUGCCUGCUGCUUCUAAAGGACGGGAAACUAAUGCUCGGUGCUGGCGACGGUGCCGUCGAAUUGAUCGAGAUAAUAAACAAAACGACCAGUCGGACGCAAAAGCUAUCGAAGCUCCCAAAUACGCCACAAAUAUUUACUCAUCGAGCGGAAAACGUGUGUAGCACCGUGACGUCCAUAGUUCUGUAUCUGAACGACUUUGUGCUGGUGGGAACAACGUGGUGCGAGAUCUAUCAGAUUCAACUGUCGAAUUUUCACAUGCGUCUGCUCAUCACCUCGCACACGAGCUGCAUAUACAGCAUCGCGUUUCCGCGUGAUGAUUCUGAGAUAUUUGCAACGGGCGGCAAAAACGACGUCAGACUGUGGCAACUGAAGACGCACAAGGAAGCGCUUCGCAUCACCGUGCCAAAUUUCGUUUGCUCCAGCUUGCAUUUCGCGCGUGGCAAUCAAAUGCUGUUUUCUGCUUGGAACGACGGCACGAUAAGGGCAUUCGCGCCGCACAACGGACAACUUUAUUUCGCCAUUCACAACGCCCAUACGAAAGCUGUGUCGACGGUCGCGGUUGCGAGCGACGCCGCGACGCUCAUUAGCGGCGGCUGCGACGGCCAGGUACGUGUAUGGGAAAUAAAAGACGACGUACAACGAUUGAUUAGUGUACUGAAGGAACAUCGGGGUCCAAUAACAUCUUUGCACAUAUCGCACAACAAUGAGGACUUGAUCAGUUCGAGUACAGAUGGUACAUGCGUCGUUUGGGACAUAAUACGCUGCGUAAGGAAACAUGUGCUCAUGGGAAACACAAUGUUCAUGAUGGCGCAGUUCACCCCCGACGGAAUUCAGAUCCUGACAUGCGGCACGGAUCGGAAGAUUGCGUACUGGGAGACCCUGGACUGCUCGCUGGUGCGGGAAGUCGAGGGUUCCAGCGUCGGCACGUUGAACUGCAUAGACAUCAGUUCCGACGGCCGCUGCUUCGUCACGGGAUCCAGCGACAGCACCGUUAAGAUCUGGGAGUACGACAGCGCGGACAGCACGCACGUCGGUGUCUCCCAUGCCGCGAUAAUCAGCGCGUGCAAAUUCAGUCCGGAUGGCAAGCACGUAGUGACGGCCAGCGCCGACGGAGAGAUCAUCAUUUGGAAAUAUUCGUCCGAGAGCUCGGAGGAUUCUAAAUCCACGGUUCAGACAGGAAGAACAGCCAGCUCCACGCGUCGCUCGCGCAACGGCGAUUCGGACAAGCUAUCAUUGCGGAAGGCAGAAGGCGACGGAGACGCUGCAGCGGAUGAGACUACGCGAUCUAUCAAGAAAUCUGCCUCUUCGUGUACGAGUGAUCAAAAGCGGCUGUCAGCUGCCUCCGAUCGGAGUAAAGGAUCCAAGAAAGAAGUGCAGGAGGAAAGAAUGUCUGUUUGUCGAUCGGUAAGAUCGGCGAACUCCAAGUCGAAUGCAGUCGCGCUCAACUCAUGUCGAUGCAACGAUUCGAAGAGCGAUAGUUCAUCUAGCAAAGCGCGAGAAAUGGAUAAAUCGAAAGAGGCUUCAGAUCUGUAUAGCAGAAGGUCCAUCACAUCGAAUACAUAAUUCACGUGGCGGUGCAAAGCAACAGACUGA